AUGGGAAAGGCAGAGGGACGUGGUAAAGACUGGCACGGGCAUGUUACAGCAAUCACUGUGGCUCCCGAAUAUCGACGUUUAGGGUUAGCGGACGGAAUGAUGAACUUAUUAGAAGAGGUUUCAGAAAAAAUGUCCUCAAAUUCUGUUGCGAUUGGAAUGUACAAGAAGUUUGGAUAUUGUGUUUAUAGAUGUGUUGCUGGAUAUUAUUCUUCAGCAGACAAUAGUGAGGAAGAUGCAUUCGAUAUGAGAAAACCUUUACCAAGAGACGUGAAUCGAGAGAGUGUGACUGGUAGUGGGGAACAGAAUAUCAUUAAACCUGAACAAUUGUAA